GGACCGUCUCUCUUUGCACCAAAGCACUUACAACUUCCGGAAAGGGUCACGCUGUCCUCCAUCGGCGCAUAUCACGGUCCGCAGAGGGUCACUUCAGGGAAAACUCCGCUGAAAUCAUGGUUUUCGAAGAUAAAAUGAUCACGAAUGGAGAGCCAGAGGAGGAGGAAGAAGAAGAAGAGGAGGAGGACAUGGUGGACCCGUUAGAGACGGUGCGGGAGAAGUGUGAGCAGACGGAGCAUUGCGUUCACACUCGUGAGCGGCUCGAGGCGUGCGAGACACGGGUCGGCUCGCGCUCGGAGACAACGGAAGACUGUAUCAUUUCGGACCCGUUAGAGACGGUGCGGGAGAAGUGUGAGCAGACGGAGCAUUGCGUUCACACUCGUGAGCGGCUCGAGGCGUGCGAGACACGGGUCGGCUCGCGCUCGGAGACAACGGAAGACUGUACGGAGGAGCUCUUUGACUUCCUGCACGCUCGUGACCACUGUGUGGCCCACAAGGUUUUCCAGUCAGUCAAAUAA